UGAUUGUUUGUGUUGUCUCUGAUUGCUACAUUUCAUCCGAUUUCAUCAUUCUCUACUCCACUCCGGUUCUUCAGAAUCAGGGCCCCGAUUCUCUAAUCCAUCACGUGACCUGGCCAUACCGACCUCCUAUUUCAUUGCUUGGAGGCUAAGGAAGAAGAAGAGCUUCGCUUGUGUGUGCUACCAGUUGCGCCAGGCCGCCGACAGAUGGCGCUACCGUCGAGCGCUGCAAGCGUGUUGAAAAUCGCAUCACUGAGUGGCUUGCGCAGAUUGCCACAAGUAUCUUCUGCAUUUUCCUGGCAAAGACAAUACUUUGGCACAAUAACAGAAGAGAAGAAAUCAGAUGCACCUCCUAUAUUAGAAGCUACAGAGAAUGAAAAGAAACUUAAAACUGAACUCGAACUUAUCAACAAAGAAAUUUCUGAACUCAAGGAGUCUAAAGACACAUUGGAAGAUAAAUAUAAGAGAGCAUUAGCAGAAGGAGAAAAUAUCAGAGUUAGGCUCACCAAGCAGAUUAAUGAUGCCAAGGUUUUUGGUAUUCAAGGCUUCUGUAAGGAUCUUUUGGAUGUAGCUGACAUAUUAGGAAAAGCUACUGAAAGUGUACCAAAGGAUGAGAUAACAGAGCAAAAUCCACAUUUAAAAAGUUUAUAUGAAGGCUUAGUUAUGACAGAAGCUCAGUUACAUAAAGUUUUCAAGAAACACGGUCUAAUUUCACUGAAUCCAGUAAAUGAAAAAUUCGAUCCUAAUGAACACGAAGCAUUAUUUCAACAAGAAGUUGAGGGCAAGGACCCUGGCACAAUUGUAGUUGUAUCGAAAGUAGGAUACAAAUUGCACGAAAGAAUAGUGAGACCGGCAUUAGUAGGUGUUGCUAAAGGAUAACUGUUGUAAAAAGAGGUAGAACACCUAUUUUAUGAUAAAUUGUUAAAUAUAAAGUUUAUAUAAAAUAUUAUGUACGUU